UCUUUUCUUCUUUUCUUUUUCAUCAUCUCCUCGACACAUCGCUUGUCCCAGUAGUAAACGCAACGUGACGACUGUCGCGUCCUUUUAGUCGACUUAAUUUCCUUUUAUUUAAUCGUCGUGUCAAUUUGACCUAUUAAAAACGUGUCAGAGCAUGAACAUCGGUCGUUUGCGCAUUUUAACGAGGGAUUAGCCGAACGUUACCGUUUUUUUUUCCACGGCGCAAUUACGAGGAGAAACGGGACUAGGUCAAGAAUCCACUUGACCAGAGCUCUCGUAAUCUGCACGCUAACGAAUGGUAAUUAUCUAGGAGCACCAGUUGAACCUUUCUGGAAAUUCUCGCUUUUCGAUUCUUUGUUACGCCGUCGACGUUUGCUUUAAAUUACCCUCGAUAAGAGGAUAGUUAAAAAUUCGUAGGGUCGGGGAAAAACAAUUUGUUGUUUAAAUGGAAUUAAUAAACAUCGUACUAUAGAAUAAUUAGGUCGACCUAAUUAAAAAUUCCACGAGCGAACUCGCGAACAUUUUCUCGAUACUUCGUGUUUAUGGCUCAUCGAAUGAACGUGGGAAAGUAUCGUCAUUCCAGUGGAACGUUCGAUCAGCCAUCCGUUCUGGAAUUUCGAUAACGCAUCGAUGAAUACUGGGCCGAACGUCGCCCGAUGUCGGGAUGUCCACGUUGGAAAGCAACUUCCGGAAACACGAGCAUGCAACAUAUGCAGUGGAUCCCGGAAGAGCGAUUCUCUGUUAGACGGCUUCCGCUCGAGAACGUCUAAGCAGACGCGCGUGUAACGAUUUCCACUCUCAAACCGAUUCAACGCCUCGCUUUCUAUACAAUGGGUUGCGUUUAUCCCACGAUGUGACGCUUUUCAAAGCACACCCACGAUUAGCGAGAAAAGACAAGAGAUGAGGACUGAUCGAAUGAAUGUAUGGCUGCUUCAAUAGGCGCAACGAGAAAAGAAUACAGAGCCCCGUAAUGCGUGAUAUAAUCGAGAGAGAACCCGCAUGUUAAAUAAAUUUCACAAUACAAAUAUCUGUAUAUCUAUGCAACCUUAGUCCAGUCAUUAUUAUUCAUAAAAGAAGACUAUAAAAAGAUAUUCGUAAUCAGUGACGAUACAUAUACAUCGUACAUACACAGAUAGUGUUUUUUUUUCCACAACAAAGAAACAGAUAGGAUAGCAAAAUCGUUUCACCAUUGAGAAAGAAAGUCUAUAAUUGAAAAUAAUUCCAAGUCUACGGAGAUACAAAUAUCUAAUAUAUAAACCUCGGUCAGUGUAAUUUUCCAAGUGAAAAAAGAUUUAGACAAAGUAACAAAAUUUGUCUCGUGCUAUUGGUAAAAGGAGACGAUAAGAUAAAAAUAUUGCAAGUCUACGGUAGUACAUUUUGUGCGCAAAACAUCGUUCUCCACAGACAUACCAUUCAUUACAGGAUACUCUGUGUAUUCGACUCGAAAUGGCGGCUUUCGUCUGCGUGUCUAUUUACGACGCACUUCGUUAGCUGUCGCGCUGCUGCCUAUGAAGCGUCUUGCGUCUAGUGUGCAUUAUACGCGGCCCCGAGUUAUGCACUCGCGCACGUACACCACCUACUACCCCAGGCUGAAAGAAGUAACUAACCGACCGAGGUUGCGGCCACGAACGAAUGGAAAUCAUUCUCGAGAAAGAAUCGAGGAAGUGGAGCGCGAACGUAUUUCGAGGAGGGACGGUAUACGUGUGUUUUAUCUUCGAUAUAUCGAGCUAGCCCAAGGGAAUAGAGGUGAGACAGGCCGACGAGCAUUAACCCUGGAACGCGACGACACCUUUUUUUCAUGGAAAUUGAUGAACGCGUGUGAAGCGUAAAACGAGAGGCAAGGGAGCGCUCGCGUGUUCUCCUCGUAAUCGUGGGAUUAGAGAAUCGUGAAAAAAGAGAACGAGAGGACAACUGUCUAUAGGACGGUGAAUGAAACCUCUUUAACGCCCACGAUACUUGGAAAUAUAAUAAAACAGAAAAUCUUGCUGCCAAUCGAUGAAUUAAUUUCCUUUCCUUACAUCGAGUGGACAACGAAUGGGAAAGAGACAAAGAAGAAAAUCAUGCGGACAGCGAACAUCGAUCGGUUGAUAAUGGCGCGAACUAGUUUCACUGCGAUUUAUAAUUUAUUACUAUCGAUCGAGCGGUAAAGUAUGACAGUGAUACGACGAUGUAUAGAUGCAACACGGCCGAGCGAUACCUUCUCGAAUUACACAGUCGCAGUCGCAAUUGCAUUAACACGGGUUGAAAGCGACGCUUCGUCGGUCUAGAGUCUAGACGCUGAGACAAGACAGUAUAACGGGUCUCGUGAACGUGACUGUACAUACCUCCGUGCCGCCAACACGACCAGCACGACACGCUCGUAAAACAAUCUGUGUAACACACCACCGAAAAUAACGCUAAAACGUUCUCGUGAAUCAACUACAGUACGAAACAGCGAGCUAAAAUUGCCUGUGGUUAAAAUAGAACCGAAAUCAACACACAUUUUUUUAAAUGAUCAACAAAAUGAACGUCGAGUAUCUCAUUGAAUGAAACGACGGAACGACGUUAAAUUAAAUGCUUGGACGAUGGGCUUGACCGAGAAACGUGAAAACGAUCCGACGUGAAUAUACGUAAACGACUGCUGAUGAAGAAUACAGCCGUGAUAGAACGCGAAGGGGAGAGCGAAAUUCGUCGACAGGACACAGAUGAGGCGGGAGCGAGUCGAGAGAGCGAGGUAUAGAGCGAAAGACCAGCGGCUGAAAGUCGGUACUUCGAAAUAUCGACCGUGAGGCAGCUUGGUUCGCUCGGAGUCUGUGCUAUCCGCCACUGUUUCCACUUCUCGCCGCUUUUCUUCUUCAGAAGUGGAAAAAAAGGCCAUACCGCGAGGGGACACGCGCCCUGCCUUCAUUUUUCUCUAUUUUUGUCUUCCAUCGCUACGAAAACUUUGGAAAUUUUCAUCCCUCCAGGCACCUUCACUCACCGUCCUUGACUCGCCUCGCUAUCUUGCUCCUGGCAAAAGACGUUCCGCGUGAAAAAUCUGCGAAAUUUUAACGAUAAUUCGGAGCGACAUUAAAAGCGGAAAAAACUGACUACGAGACGUUGUUUCACAUUUUACGAAUAUUCGUCGAUAGAAUAAAAAACACGAGUUUCUAGUGUUUUUCUUUUCCUUCUUGCAAAAAUUAUUUUAACAUGGUAAGUGUAAAAAGUAUAUUUGUUAUGUAACACUGGGACUUCGAAGUUAAACGAAGAAGAAAAUUACGUAGGUAGAUGGUAGGUAGAUGGUAGGUAGAUCGCGGAAAUAUCAACGGGUUAUGGUUGGAGAAAGAUACAAAAGCUGGAUGGAAAAAUCUGAUUUCGCUGUGUCUCUCUAAAUAUCACGAUUCUUUAUCCGGCCCGCGAUGUAAUCAUCGAAGAGUAGAAAAAAAAUGCCUGACACGAGUGUACAGACUCGUGCGGAACACAAUAAAGUCUGCGCUCCAACCCCUGAAAUGCCAGCGUGACAAAGGGUGGUUAAGCCCUUCUCGACGAAGAUGCACCAUACGUCGCCGAGCCCCUGAUAUUCCCGUGCAGACGUCGCGACGCGGUGCAAUUGCACCGCAGACGCUCCGCGGAUUUCGAAAUAUCUCUUUGCUUUUUCUUUCGCUCGUAUUCUUGUUAUUAUCGUUUUGAUUGCGUGCGCGUCUGCGUCAUCUUCCUGUCAGGUAAGUCGCAGGAAGAAACCGGUUUCUCGCGCGAUUAAUUUCCAACGUGAUCGACCAGCAACGCACUCUCCCCUUCGCGUACGCAAAUUAUCGAUUUCGCGACCUAACCUUUAAUGAGAAAAGAACGCCGUGGCGGACGAACGGUGCAGAAGCGCGAGAGUUCGAGGUGCAGCGUCGCUGAACCUUGCAUCGUCGGACGAAAAUUUUUGAACCAGUUUGCGUCAAGAGUUUCGUGGACUGGCGUAUGCGAACGAUCACGAUCGAAGAGUCGAAUGGAAAUGGAGGAGUACGCGAGUGGGUAAUGCGAAUGAUCGAAUAAACAAUUUACGGGAAUAGAGGAAGAAGAAGAGAGGAGGAGGCUGUGAAAAAUCAACCAGAGUUCGAUGCUCGGUGGUCCAACGUACGUUCGACAUCGAAAAUAGCAUGCCAGUGAAUCGAGUAUCCAGUACAGUAGCCGGCGCUAGCAAAUAAUUUACUCGGAUGCAGGAGUGUAAAUACAGUUCGACGUUGAUUCGUCUGUGAUAUUCGUAGCUACAAAAUAGAAAACGCUUGUUAGAAAGAAAAGUGUCGCGUACGUGAAGUCGACUUCGAUCAAUUCGCGAUGGAAGUGGAAACAGUGCCGUGUGUGGAGAACAAUAACGUAAACAGAGCCGGGGGUGUUCCAAGACAUGGUAGUAGGGUACAAAUAGUCCGAAAGACACGGACGUCGCUGUUCAUUAUCAUGAGUUUCAUCUAUGCGAAACUACUGGUGGUGGUAUGCAUCGCUUAUGUGAUAAGCGAGGUGGUCACGCACAAACUGCCCCUGUAUUACUACGAAGGAUUCUUCACGUAUCUGUACGGUGUUAGCAUCUUAUUCCUGUUGUAUGUGUUCUGCUUCCUACUUCAAGAAAGCGCCUGCUGCUCGAGAGGCAGCGACACACCACCGCCACCUCCGAGGCCACCGAAACCACCUAAGGAACCGAAGGAGAAAAACAAGAAAAAGGACAAAAAGGACAAAGAGCAGAAGUCGUCGAAAAACAAAAAAGAGUACCAGGACGCCGCUGAUGUCGAGGCUGGCGUGGCCACACGGGCUCUGCGGAAGCGGAAGACUUCGCAAAACGACCAGAGUCAUGGAAGCUUUUUCCUCAGAAUCGGAGCAAUUGCUUUCGGCUUGGGCACGAUGGUCUACAAUGGUUUAGAAUUCGGCACAUUUUUCGAGGUACCACCUACGUCACCGUGUUACCAGAUUCUUCAGGGUGUGAAUCCGGUUCUGCAAAUGAUUUUCACGUUCAUGCAGAUGUAUUUCAUCUUCAUGAACUCGAGGCUCAAUAUUCAUCGGUUCAAAGUGAUCGCGCGUUUCGGGCUGAUGCACGUGGUGGCUACCAAUCUUUGCGUCUGGAUUCGUACUUUGGUAUUGGAAAGUAUUAAGGAGAUCACGAAGCAUCAUCAGAAAAUGGGUCAGGUCGAAGCGGGCAUUCUUGAGAGCAUUAAACAGCACUCGAUGAGAAACGCGGGAGCCAUAUUGGGAACAGCACCUCGGGAUGUGGCUCUUUUGCGCGAGGCGCCAUUAACCGCCACGAGGUCAUCGACCGUUUCAACGUCGGUCGCAAGCACGAUAGCUGCCUCGUUGGGUCGAGUGAUGAGAACGACGGCAAAGGCGAUCGCGAGAGCUGUCACGACCCCAACGUCGACCACUACUACCAGCUGGAACCCUCCGAUCUCAACGACUACUUCCACCUCAACUCCCCAGCCGAGUUUGACUACAACCACUGCCAACACUUUGUCCACUUUCCUAACUACGUUCACGUCGAAAGCCACCACCGAGGAAAGGACAACCCCGACUACUCCCAGUACAACCACCACGACCACCACUACUACCACUACCACACCGUCCACCACUUUCUCGUCUUUCUUCAUAGAACUUUUUGACGCUCCUCAAGCCGAAAACAAAGAAGAGAUACACCAAAUCUUCGAUGUGAAUAACCAGACAAAUAGCAGCGAAUAUUGGAGCCCGAAUUUCGGAGCUUACGCGGAGGCAUUAACGGACGAGGAGAUAGCAUCCAAUUCGUGCGGCCGAGUCAAUAUCAUGGGGACUAUCGUGCAAGACGCAGAACCGUAUCUAUUUCCAUUCAUUAUCGAGUACAGUUUGAUUGGCGCCGCUGUGAUUUACGUCAUGUGGAAACACAUUGGACGACAUCCUCGUUGGCCGCAUCAAGUGGAAGCAGACCUUGAGCGCCGCCUCGAGGCUAUGCUGUCUCGAAGAGCCGUCGCUUUGGCUCAUGCAGGUCACACAAGGGUGGACUGUGUAGGAGCGAGCAAAGGACUAUUCUUCGGCCUGUUGCUGCUGGUUGGCUCCCUCAUCUGCUUGAUCCUCUUCUUCGUGCUGAUCCAUCAUCCGGACUUCGGUCUCGUCGCCAUUUACCUAGCAGACGUCUCCCAUUGCGUGUUAAUGGUUCUGUCAAUCGUCGCCAUAAUCGUCGGAUUUAUACGGGUGCAGAGCUUGAAAUUCAAAGCCGAAGAACAAAGCGACUUGAACGACAUCCUUCUUCGCGUUUCUGGCUUCGGCCUGUUCGUCUACGCGGUGUUCAGCGUGAUCGCCGGUUCCUUAGCAGCGUUUACACACGAACCCAAUCUUCUGGUGAUGGUGACCGGUCUUCUGUCGGUCGCACAGGUGAUCCUUCAGAUGCUGUUCAUCGCGGACGUUUCUCGUAGAAGGGUUCACCUGCCGGAGCACGAUCGCAGCAAGCCUGGCCGACAGGUAGUCACCUUCCUGUUGAUCUGCAACCUGACCAUGUGGGUCAUCUACACGUUCGAGUCGCAGAAAGUGAUGGCGAACCCGGUGCAGCUCGAUUUCUACGGGUUCCUCGCCUGGGCCAUCGUGCAGAGGGUCACUCUGCCGCUCUGCAUCUUCCACAGGUUCCACAGCGCGGUCACGUUCGCGGAGAUCUGGAAGACCAGCUAUAAAGCGCGUCUCGAUUAGACGAACAGGCCGUUCAUUGGGAUCAAUGGCCCGGAGUGAUCGUCGUUCGUAGACAGAAUCAAGAAAGAUUUGGAGAAUGGAGAAUGACACGAGGCCGAGGUUGCCUCUCGACGACGGACAACAUUCUUGGCUGCACGAUCGAUCUCGAGGUUUCGGUCGAUCUUUUCGUCACUCGAGUCCAUCGCGAGUCAAACUUGGACAAAGGGAUGGAUUACCAGCAGGUAAGAGAGGCUUCGAGGUUUCAACGAGUCACUCUGAUCAUAGCCGAUAAUUGGACAUAUCUUGGGGCGUUCGUGGAUCGCCGGAGAAAUCGGGGCAGCUUCCGGUCUCUUCUUUAAAAUCUUGGCGAAAACAGCCGAGUAAGCACGGAACGACGAGCGGAAUAGGAGCGACGACGAAGACGUUGCUUUUACGGUCCUCGUCGAAAAAAGAACGGACAACUCGAUCGACGAUUUAAAAUUCGGGGGUCAAAGUAAAAGGCGCAGGUGUCGAUGCUGCGUGUUCGAGGUCGGGGCUUCGCGAAGAAACCGCAGAGGAUCGCGAAGCGUCGUUUUAUUUUUUUACGCGCAUUAUGUAUUUUAUCCUCGGUUCUCUUAGCUUAAAAAAACAGCUUGGACGUUGCUUCCUUGAUCGGUAAAAUGAGUCGAGAGAGCACGGAUCAGGAGGAACAGGUCGAUCAAUGACCGCCGAGAAAAAAAGAAAACGAAAAUUUCGCAUAGGUACAAAACAUAUAAUUAAACCGAUUGUAUUCGCCAUAAAGCACAAAAUGUUCUAGAGAAAAUCAUACGAACACAGUGUACGUGCAAUACCAUUUCACGAAAUAGGGCCCAUUUCCUUUCACCGUGUUUCACAUCUUUUACGAUCUCUAUAUACUGCCGUCAAAUUUUCUACUUUUAUAUAUUAUAUAUGUACCUUCGCCCCAUCGUGCAUCGAGAGCAUUUAAGAGAUCGCUUCGCUCUUCGACACCUCGGCAUCGAUCAAAAACAUUUCCAAUCGCAAACUCGAACUUGCUCAAACGAUAUCGCUUCCAUCGUUCGGCCGAGGUGUGCCAGCGAUCCAAUUAGAAAUUUUUCAGUAAAAAGUGGAUAUUAGCAAUCACGGUACCUAAAAGAGACCGAGGAGCGAACGAACGAUCUUCUUAACGAGUCACCUCAUAUUAGCGAUCGAGUAUAUUCUUCGUUAGCAUGGCGCACGAUAGUUUUAGAUAAAUAGCCACGUGAUCCCUUUCUCGCGACAAAAAAAAAGUAAAAAAAAAAGAAAAAGAAAAAAGCGAGAAAACGUUGAACAGUCGAAGAAGUGAGAAAAGACGCAGGACUCGAUGCAGGAACAGGGUAAUUCCUUUUCGUCGCAUUUAAACAAGACGCUUGGCGUUUUGACACGACGCUUUUUGGUCUCGCGAACGAUAUCUUUUUGUUCUGAUGAGUACAAGGACGAAACUUGGCCGCUCGUUUGCCGACCGAUCGACAAAAGGAAAUCAAAGAACCGGAAGGAGAAGGCGCGCCAAAACAAUUUCGACGCUCUUUCUCGUCGCGUGCUGCAAAGUACAAAAACUGUUUCUAACUUUUAGAAUCUUUUAUCGACACACCAUUUCGACAUUCAUGUUCCGCAGAGUGUUCCGACGACAUCGAAGCAUGUAUUCGAAUCGAACGACGUGCAUGUAUAGAAAAAAAGAAACGGGACAAAAGAAUGGACGAGAAAGACGACGACGACGACGAUAGCGAGAAAACAGGAAGAAAAAUUGUGUAUAAAGAGUAGAGUGUAUUCUUCUUUCUUCGUUUUUUUCUUCCUUUUUUGUUCAAAAUAAAUCCAGGCUCUCGAAACAGGCUCGGGAAUGUUCGCACUACGUCGAAGAGGUGAGAAACCACGAAUGUAGAUUUUAUCGCGAGACUAAGAAAUUAAGAGUAAAGAAAUAUCGUAGACGAUGUUUUAAGAUGGACGUGCAAGAGAAGAUUAUACGACGAUGAAAUUAUAGUCGGUACACUAGUAGUGAAUCUUACAUAUACACACAUAUACAUACACACAGUCACACAUACCAUUCACGGAAAGUUAUUGUUAAUUGAGGUCGUCGAUUAGCUUCCAAAGUUAUCUCGAAAAUCGAGAGAAAUGAAAAGAGGUAGAUCGACCUUUCACACUUAAUUCGCUAUGAAUAUCGUACAUUGUAGAUGGUUGAGCAAGCAAACCAAGAGAGAACACACGUGUUUACAUAGUCGUUAUACAUUGAAAAUCCCUCCACGGAUUCCGUGAAACUCAGAAAGGAAAGACUCCAACCCCGCCCUAACAGAAAGCCUCCCCGGUCGAAGUACGUACCUAGCUACUCGAGUCUAAAUAUUUUAAUUCUUAGACAUAUGUAUAGGUGAAAGAGAUAUAAAGAGCGAAAGGGGGCAAUGGGAUGAUGGAAACGAGGGGGACGAAGUUGUGACACUAGUUAUACAUAAAGAUUAAUUAUACAUAAUUGUAAUCCGAGACGACAUUAUUAAAAGGUAAUACGAUAUAAAUAUAAAAAAAAAUUAAAAAAUAUAUUAUAUAUAUAUAGAUAGAUAGAUAUAUUAUAUAUAUAUAAAUAUAUAUAUAUAAAUAUAUAUAAAUAUAAAUACAAUUAUAUGGAGAUCUUUUAUUGACUUCGAUGUGCGCGACUGCGAUUGGAAUGCUGCGUGCGAAUAUGUAAAUAACGAUACACAGUAAGUUAUUGUUCAGCAGAGUGUCUGUGAAACGAAAAGCAAUUUUGUUGCGAGUUCUGUUCUCGAGGUGUUUUCGAUAGAAAGGGGGUGCCGCGUCUCUUUCCCUUAAAUUGUGAUGCAAAAACCUCAUCAAACCCCUCCUUGAAAGUUCAAAUAAAAACAGGUUAGUUUCGUCGUCGACUAUUUUACGACCGACCGAUUGAUUUUAGUCAGAGCGUGUGUCAAUUGAAAUCGAUUGAAAUCAAUUGAAAAUGAUUCGUGGUUCGCACCCCCUUGCCCUCGAUUGCCUCGUUUCAACAACCGUGAAUCCGCGAAGAAGCCAUAAACCGUACACACCCGCGUCCACUGAUUUCGACAACAAUCGAACAAAGCAAAGAGGAACGAACGUUCGUUUGGUCUUUCCUCCGCUCGAAUCUUUUUCACGAUCGCUCUGCGCGAGAAUCAGCGUGUACCACAGAUCGAAAGGAAGAAGGGGAUGCGAGUCCACGGGGAUGGAACAACGAGUGAAAAAGAAAUCAUUGUGACGUUCUAACAAAAAUCUUAGUUAACAAGGCACUGCCACACACAGGACCAACAAAAGUCGAGAAAAGUGAUAAUAAAGAAGAAAGGCGAAAAAGGAGACGUAAAGGAAAGGAAGGAAACCGAGGCACGCGCAAAUACGAAGAGGGAACAAAGAGUAAAGCCAGCGAUUUUCGAGCAGAAACGGAAAACGAGCGAAAAAUAUACGAAACCAGUACCCUUCCAGCGUUUAUCGAGAGUGAGUGUACGAGUGAGUCCGGAACGCGUUUGCGCGAGUGAUUGAGCAACGGUGCGCGUGCAACACGUUUUUAUUCGGCAAACAACGUCUUUGUAUACUCUACCCGUGUUCUAAAGAACAGGAGAAUCAUGGUUCUUGUGUAUGUACAUCAGUAUCUCGAUAGUAGCCGUAAGCCUAAUCAAUGAGUCGCGGAUUUGCUUCGAAACUCGUGGAGAACACGCGAAUCUUCGAUUCAAGAGCUGCAAUUAGCUUCUUGGAUCAGGUACGGUGGAAAAUUACGACUAGAAUUACCAGCAAUUUUACGAGGAAUUUUACGAGAGAAAGAUAAUUAGAAUGACAAAAGGAGUUUACGCGAUCAUGCAAACGCACGCUCCUGCGUAAUUAUUUUCAGUGACGAUAAAGAAUAAAAAAGAAAAAUCCGCGAGGGCGCGAUCCAACAGCAAAUCCGCGACACGUCGUCAUUUAACAUUACGUAGUGAGUUUUCGAUGUCUUCGAGCAUAAUUACAGUUUGUACACAUAUACAAUACGCGCGCACAACCGACAUAUUCACCAUUCUAUCAGAUAGAUACGAUAAUACGAGCAGGUGGCAAACCGAAGAAUUCACGCAAACAAUGGGAUUAGAGUAACGUUUCAAUACGCAAGACACAAGGAUAAAAGUUCUACAAAUUACAUGUUGUCGUGUAUGCAGUUUCUUCAAGUCGAGUAGCGACGAUACGACCGUAAAAUUCGCUCAUUCAUCGAUUCCCAUUUUAAUUGUAUAACGUUAACACGCCGUUUCAUUGUAAUCCGUUGAGGUGGUACGAUAUUGUACCGCCGUCAUUUGUAACAAUAUACGAUUAUAUUGGUUAAUAAAAGUUAUCUAGAUGUAA